GCCACUGACAGUCACCUCAAAGGAAGAGGGCGUAAAUAUGUUGCAGUGUGUCGGAUAUGUAACUCAAAACCCUUUCGAGUUCCUGUUCCUGUCGAGAAGGUGCAGCAGAUUACAGCGUGUGAAUCUUUUAGACCAUCUAUCUGCACUUAUCUUGUAUGUAUUGACCAUGGAACUGACUAACUCAUCCAAUGCACUGAAUUCAUCACUCAACUGCAGUCUUCCCUAUGAAAAUGACCGACUUCCACUUCUGAUUCUGUAUGGCAUUGUCUGCAUUGUGGGAGUACCUGCUAACAUUGUCACCAUCUAUCUCACUUUCCUCGAGGUGCAAAAGAAGAACGUGUUGGGAAUCUACCUGCUGAGUCUGUCUGUGUGUGAUCUGAUGUACUUAGGAACGCUACCUACAUGGGCUGUUUACAUACACCAUGGCCAUCAAUGGCACUUGAGCUCUCUGGCUUGUAAAAUAACGGGCUACGUCUUCUUUAAUAACAUGUAUGUCAGCAUCUUCCUUUUGUGCUGUGUGUCUGUGGACCGUUACAUCGCUGUGGUGCAUUCAUUAAAAUCUCGAGGUCUCAGGCAGAUGAAAUGGGCUGUGAUGGUCACCUCAGUGAUUGUAAUAGUGGUGGCUCUGGUCCACAUUCCAGUGUUUACCAUGAGAGAUGGUGAAACGGAGAUGAACGGAGAAAAGCGGUGCUUUGAGCCUGGACAGAAAACAGUCAUUGUGACUGCCUUCAACUACGCCCGCUUUGUUAUCGGUUUCUUCAUUCCACUGUGCAUUCUGCUGGUCACCAACCGUGCCAUUCUCUCUAUAGUCCAGGCCAGUGAUGGCUUGAGUUCAGAGCAGAAGAUCAAAGUUCGUUACCUGGUUCUGGCAGUAAUCCUGUUCUUCCUGGUCUGCUUUGCCCCCUAUCAUAUUAUUCUUUUUCUACGGGCCGUCAGUUUUCAUUUCUCACAAAGACAUUGUACCUUUGACACAGCACUUUACUCACCUUACAGUAUCUCUCUGGGACUGUCCACAAUUAAUAGUGCUAUGAAUCCAAUUCUGUACGUGCUGGCCAGUGACAACAUGCGCAAGGAGGUCUGCAUAAGCAAGUGCUGCCUAUGCAGUGGCCUCUUUUCUAGACAGGAGACUGGACCAGCCCUGUCAUCACAGGGGGACGAUCAGAGAAAGCGUCCUGGGCUGAGGUCAAGUGGGGAGACACAGGAGGGUUUAGUGCUCCAAUGACAUACAGAAUAAAACCAUGUUAAAUACGUUUAUCUGAUACAUGAACUAUUUCUGUUUAGCCGGGGUGUGUGUGUGUGUGUGUGUGUUAUUGAGUGUGUUCUUGGGGGCUCUUUUUAAAAUGUUUUUUUGUUUUCAUGCAUGGCGGGGCUGAAUAGGAAGUAUGCAAUAAAACAUGGGACUGCACUAGCAGUAAAAUUUUCCUGACCUGGGUUUAAAUUCCCCAAACUGGUGAUUUCACAUUUUCAUUUUGGGAAAAAAUGCUCAAACAUUCAACAAAUUUUAGGUGUUUUUAUUUAUGACUAUAAGUCAUUUGAUAAUCUGGCUAAGAGAGAUGAAUCUUCCUAUGAAUCAUAUAAUAUCAGAGAAAUGGUUUGCCUCACAGGCCUGUACAUUUCCCUGCCUCUCUGUUACACUAAAAGCAACAGUCUUGAAAUGUUAAAACCACACCUCUUGCUUUAACAGGAAAUUAUUUGACGCACUAAAAGGAACAAAAGGUUUCUUGCUUAUGGAUGUGCCCCCAGACACGUGUACAGCAUGUGCUGCCAUUGAGUACAGUCACAGUGCAAAAUUACACUGAAUAAAUAAAAGCCCUAUCAAGUG